AAUAUGAUCCACCCCACCCCAACCGAACAAAACGCGUCUUCUUUUGGCCUUUCUCUGUUCCUCUCUUUUCUUUCCGCCCCAUUUCCACUUGUUUCUCACUUCCUACUACUACUAUUCACCUUUUUCAUCUAUAUAAAUACAACACAACAUAACACAACACAACCAAAACCUCAACCCUUCAAAAACACACUCUUUCCCAUGGCCUUGUUAUUGUCGCAACAUUCUAACAUGUUUCUCUUUCUCUUCUUUUUUCUCAUCUUCUCCUCCAUUAAUCCCUCUCUUCAAACAAACUCACUCUCCAUUUUUUUCCCUUUAACAUCACUCUCUCUCCCCACAAACACUGCCUCAAAAAUGCUCUACACAUCUCAACUAUUCUCAUCUUCAAAACGCAACAACAACAACACACAAAUCAAAGCCCCUUCUUAUAACUACAAAUUCUCUUUCAAAUACUCCAUGGCUCUCAUCGUUAACCUCCCCAUUGGAACACCACCGCAGGUUCAACCAAUGGUGUUGGACACAGGUAGCCAACUCUCAUGGAUUCAGUGUCACAAAAAAGCACCUCCAACGGCGUCGUUUGAUCCUUCUCUCUCUUCCACUUUCUCUAACCUCCCUUGUACUCAUCCUCUCUGUAAACCACGAAUUCCCGAUUUUACCCUCCCAACUUCUUGUGACCAGAACCGUCUCUGCCAUUACUCCUACUUUUACGCAGACGGCACUUACGCUGAGGGUAAUCUCGCCAGAGAAAAAUUCACAUUCUCUCGUUCCGUUUCUACCCCUCCUCUCAUCCUCGGUUGCGCUACAGAAUCUACUGAUCCCAGGGGUAUUUUAGGAAUGAACCUCGGACGGUUAUCCUUCGCUCACCAAUCGAGAAUUACAAAAUUCUCCUACUGUGUUCCCACUCGUCAAACCCGGCCCGGAUUCUCUCCAUCCGGAUCUUUCUACAUCGGUUACAACCCGAAUUCAAAAUUGUUCAAGUAUAUCAAAAUGUCGAUUUUUCCCGAACGUCAACGCAUGCCGAACCUCGAUCCUCUAGCCUACACCAUCCCGUUGCAAGGAAUAAGCAUCGGUGGGAAAAAACUAAGCAUAUCACCGGCGGUUUUCCGUGCGGACGCUGGUGGGUCAGGUCAAACCAUGAUUGACUCCGGAUCCGAGUUCACUUAUUUAGUUGGGGAAGCUUAUGAUAAAGUGCGGGCAGAUGUAGUUAGAGCUGUGGGGUCCAGAAUGAAAAAAGACUACGUGUACGGCGGAGUAGCUGACAUGUGUUUCGAUAGUAAAAAUGCAGUUGAGAUCGCACGGUUGAUAGGUGAGAUGGUAUUUGAAUUUGAAAGAGGCGUGGAGGUUGUGAUUCCAAAGGAGAGAGUACUUGCUGACGUGGGUGGUGGGGUCCACUGUGUUGGGAUUGGAAGCUCCGAUAAAUUAGGUGCAGCAAGUAACAUUAUUGGGAAUUUUCAUCAGCAAAAUCUAUGGGUAGAAUUUGAUCUAGUGAAUCGUAGAGUGGGUUUCGGUAGAGCUGAUUGUAGCAGAUUGGGGAAGUAAUUGUUAUGUACGUGCAUGUGUAUGGUGGUUGAGUAGGGUUGAGUUUUCGUACGAAGGAAAGAAAAAUAUCUAAUGUUGUGUGGUCAGUGAUCAUCGGUGCGAUGAUGAGAUCUAACGGUUGGUGAUGGCAACAUGAGUCAAAGCAUAUUUAUAAGUAAUUAACCAUGUAAACUAAUGUGAAUGAGAAUUAUGUAUAUAUACGAGGAUUAGAGAAAAUAUAUAUCGCAAUAUUAUAUUAUAUAUAUGAUAUUGAACCAUUGUUUUUUAUUAAAUAUAUAAUGUGAAUCUCUUUUCGUAUUUA